AUGAACAUUGGACUUCCUCACGUCACCUCGAGCUCGUUGUCGCGCGAGCAAGAGUAUUAUGGCGUACUUCAAUCCCUUAUCACUUCUACAAAGCUUCUACGGGAAGCUACGCAGGCUUCUACACUCCCAGUCUCCAGCUUGUCGUUGCUCGAGGUGGCGAUCGACCAGCUCGAGAAGCUCAAGACUCUGAAAGUAAACAAAGACAUUGGAGAGGAGCUCGCGGAGAAGAUUGUACAUCAUGUAUCGACCAUUCACCAUGAACUCUCGCGUCAAACUGGUGUAGAAGGGAUCAGUGACGACCAGGAGAUGCAAGUCCUCUUCCAAGACGCAAUCUCGCGGUACACCAAUGCUAUCUCUCUUGCGCAGGACGGCCUUACCAAGUUGACACACCGAGGUCUCUUCGUCAAGUCCAUUCUCCGAAGCAGAGAUAGGCGAGAACUCCAGAACCUGACCCUGAUGAUUGACGGCGAGUUCAAGAACUUAAUGGCAGCUAUUGGAAAAUCCCAACCGACGCGAGAGCGGCGGCGCAGUCUCCACUUCGAAUCUGGAUUUUCAAGUUCACCUCUGGCUGUUCGACCCUCAUCGCCCUCGCCAUCACAAUUCACCUUACCCUUUGGCAAUCAACCCUUUCUUGGACAAGCGACGCCACUACUACAUUGCUGGCCUGGUACACGGAUUCCGAUCCUCGAUGAAAUUGACCAGUGGGCCACCAGUAUUGCGUCUUCGUCCAAGCAAUCCAGCAAUAGUUUGAUCUACUGGCUUGCCGACGUGUCGGGCUCGGGGAAGUCGACCAUUGCCUUACAACUUGCCGAUGAAUGGCUCGAGCGGGGUCUUCUCGGCGGCUACUUCGAUUGCGCUACUGUGCUAUCGGCUCAGCGGCAACCUCCGAAACAAUCCUCCUCGUUUCAAGAAUCAGCGGAGAGAACCGACAAAGAGGAGUCCAGCUAUGCGGCCCCGUGUGGUGAAAUGACCAACGCCAUCUGCGAGGCAUGGGCCGAGCAACUCGCAGCUUCGUAUAGCGAGCUCACGACCACCAUCCUCCGAGCGAUCUCUUCACUCCAUCGUACAGCUCCAAACUCCCCAUCCCGCACGUUUGCCGCCCAAUUUCAGUCCCUCAUCCUCACUCCUCUGAAACACUUGCAACGGAGCAAGUAUGACUUGUCUCCUCAAGCGAAGGUCGUCUUCGUUCUCGACCACAUGGAAGCAAUCCCCUCCGGGAACGGCGAGCGGAGGGAAGUGCUCCGUGCCUUGAAGUCGAUCAACGCAGCCUCUGGGGUGAAGAUUCUGAUUAUCAGUCCGCUACCGACCAGUGAUGAAGAUCAUGACAUUCUCUCUGAGCUUCUUCAAUCCUCCUAUCCUUCCGGGGGACAACCAACUGGUGCAGGAGGCAAUAUCGUACAAGGUUCUAUCAAUAUUCAUUCUGCUUCCAACAUGGCCGAUAUUCUUCUCUAUCUCACCGCUCAGUUCCACCUCCACUCUGCCCAGCUUCACGCAAGCAAACGAUUUCGAUCCGCCCUAAUCGAACCAACAAUCCGCAUGCUUACAAAAAAAGCAGACGGGUUGAUUCUGUGGUCAAAGCUGGCGUUUGAGAUGGUACUUCUGACCGACAAUCCGACAAAAAUGCUAUUGAAUCUUGUCGAGGAGGACGCGCUUGGUGACAUCAACGGCUUGUACCUCGAGCUCGUCCUUCGGGCACAGAUGUCGCUAGAUGUCAUCAAUAAGCGAGGCGGGGACUAUCCUAAGAAUGCGAUUGCACGCAUCCUUGCUGCAGUCGGCUACUCUUUCGACAUACUUUCCGUUGGAGCCAUAGCCCGUCUUACCGGCUUCGAACUGGAACAUACUCUGACGGUCAUUAAGCUGCUCAAAAUCGUAAUGGACAUUGCCACGCCGGAACCGCGAGCAGGUCGGGGUCUGAUGGCUCAUGACAUGCGUUCUUCAUCUCGCACCCAGCUUACAUCUGGAGCUACUUCUUCAAUGUCGCUGCCAAAAUCCAGCAAGCGAUCUCGGUCAAAAGCACGGGAAUCCUCCUUUUCACCCGCCAGGAGCAAAUCAGCGCAUUCAAAUGCACGAAGAAGAUCUGAUGCCACACGCGUUCGUGGACAAGAUCUCACUGUCGAAACAACGCUCUUGAUUCCAUCGUCUCCCAAAAACGGAUUGUCUUCCCAAGCGACUCACCAUCGACGUGCACUUGUAAAAACAAAACAUCCUACAUUUCUCGAUUGGAUUCGCCUACCGCAUCCGCCAACGCUAUUAAGUAGUUUGACAGGAAAGUCUACGGAGGAAGAAGACGAUAUUCGAUUUGUCGUCGCGCCCUCUAAGCAAGGCGCACACGAGAUGCUAGCUCGGGCGUGUUUCGACAUUAUCCGCAGCGACGGAGAGAAGCUGGAUAUUAACGCGGACAAUUUGCCCCCAAAUAAGCCUGAACGCCGGAGAGUCGCAAUAGAGGCUACUCAAGCUGUGCCCGACGAUCUACUCUAUGCGUGCCGUAGAUGGCCGCGCCAUUGUGCGCAGCUACUUCGCUCCAUUGACCCAGAUGCGGGCUCAAAUAUAUUUAUGUCGAUUGCCGCUACGGGCGGGGAGCGAUGGAGUCCCUUGCGGGAGGAUAUGCUCGACUUUUUCAGCCACAAAUUGCUCUGGUGGGUCGACGUCUGCUCGUCGAAAGGCUGGAUCUCGGAGGCCCUAGUAGGCGUCACAGAGCUCAAGCGAGCGUUGCAGGGUGUUCCUCCAGAGGAUCAAAUCAACGAAUCUGUCGAAGCGCUUAUCCAAUGGUGUGAGGAGUCGCUACGACUGUUCGCAUUCGCGGAGAGAAACGCUUCGUGGAGUGACCAAGUGGAAAGGGACGCGGAGUUGUCUCUCAUCUGGCAGCAUUACGCAGAAGAAUUGAUGGCCCGUGCGAAAAUGCCAGAGACUCGCUUCGCAAACAAGGCUGAGACUGUCGAUUCCAGUCACUCGAGUCGAGAAGUCGCCUCCAAUGACGACCAUCUUGACCUGCUUCCUCCACCCCCGAUAUCGGAACUGGAGCGUCUCACAAGGCGCAGAGCCUCUUCAAGAGUUAGCAGUGCCGGUUCGCAUGUAGCCUCCGCAAAGGCCGCGAGCAUCUCAACGAAACAGUCGGCAUCUUCGGAGCAAGAACCAGACCAGCGGCUUCGCAGAGUUGGCAGUUCUCUAGUGGCUGAAGAACAUCCAGAGACAAUACGCGCCAAUGCAGACGUGGUCACUCCUCCAGACCUGAUUGUGGUCGAAGAGCCGCAACUAGUAUCACCGGUUGCUGAUGACACCGCACCGAUGUCAGCAUCACCUCGGGAGGACUCAUCAAACUUGGUGGCUUUACCUAGAAACCCUAUGUCUCAGGUCGAGGCAACACGGCAAGAGACACCCGAGACGGCUCAGGACAGGUCAAACAUACAGACACCCCAGCCUAUCAAACAGAGCGAGAAGGUUACUCCGCUUCCUCCAACUCGUAGAAUUCCUUCGCCUCCAGCAGGACAACCUCCUCGUGCUGUUGAACCGGGCGGUCCCGCGGUCCCAUUACCAGUACAACACCUAAUGAAGACUCAAGAAGCCAAGACAUUGGAAGCGUCUAACGAAUCCAAUGAGCUACCAGCGACGGCUUUACCGUCAGCACCCAGUGCUGGCGUACCUCAACACCCUCUGUCUGUACCGAACCCAAACAGAGAAGAGAAUACUAGCGUGCCGACUUCCUCUACUCCUGGUGUCUCUUCGAAUGCACAGAGGAAGUCUGCAGCGGCCCAAGCGUCGCGACUACACACAACCGCGACGGUUGGUGGUGGGGUGACAUGGGCUGGUUCAGCUCUAUUUCCGUCACUAUCCAUGUUUCAGAACACGGCAAACUGGCAGUCUGUUUCCCCAACGCCUCAAAGCCAGCCUCGUCAAUCAAAGACAAGAGAUCCUGCACGUCAAUCGACUCCCUCACCGGUUUCAACCCCUCCAACAAACAGCAUCAUCCCCGAAGAACCCAAGUCUACGCAGGCACCGGUCGCGAAGAGCAAGGAAGGAGCUCAGACUUUGUCUCAGAAGGAAUCCAAGACGGCCGGUCCAAUGGACAGUGCAGCAGAAUUCGCCAAUUUUCUGGCAACUGUUGACUUUGACAAGGAUUCUCCCAAUUUACAGCUCUAG